CUAUGUAACGCAGACCAUCCUUUCCUUAGCUGUACAAGAGACUUUCUCUCUCUCUCUAGAAAGAAAGAAAGAAGUCAUCUAUCUAUCUAUGUGAUUCAUUCCAACCAGGAGAGACAGAAAAAAAAAUCAGAAAAACUCCUAGAUCGUCGUCGUCUUCGUUGAAUCGUCAAACCCUGACCAGAUGGGUGGUGGAGUGAAAGAAGAGGAGAAGAACGAGCGGAUUAUUAGGAGUCUUCUCAAACUACCACACAACAAGAGGUGUAUCAACUGUAACAGCCUUGGACCACAAUAUGUUUGCACUUCUUUCUGGACUUUCGUUUGUACCAACUGCAGUGGAAUACACCGUGAGUUUACGCAUCGUGUUAAGUCCAUAUCAAUGGCUAAAUUCACUUCCCAAGAAGUCUCUGCUCUAAAAGAAGGUGGCAAUCAGCAUGCUAAGGAUAUUUAUUUUAAAGGACUGGAUCAACAGAUGCAGUCAGUAUCUGACGGAAGUAAUGUCGAGCGAUUAAGAGACUUCAUCAGGCAGGUGUAUGUAAACAAAAGGUAUACGAAUGAGAAGAAUGACGACAAGCCUCCAAGAGGACCGAUGCAGGGAGAUAGUGAGACGCGAAGUUCUAGCGGGUCUCGAAGUCCACCAUAUGAUGAUGUGUAUGACCGUCGUUACAGCGGCAGAUCAAGUCCUGCUGGUCCAGGGUUGGAGCAACCUAACAGAAAAAGCCCUUCUCGUCCUGAGGUCAUAAAUGAUUGGCGCAGAGAGGAUAGGUUUGGUGGUAGGAAAAAAACAGAAGAGGAGUCCCAUUCACCACCUGAGCAAGUAAAAGACUCGGCUUCAGCUAGCCCCCCUCCUGUAGCUCGACCCGUUAGGGAAAUUUUGGGUGACAGUUUUAUUCCUCUUCGCGUGGUAGAGCCUCCGAAACCCCAAGUCAACCAAAAUAACGAUGCUUCAGCAAAUGCAAAGCCUGCUGCAUUAUCGACCUCGACAAAUGAUAAUCCACCAGAAGUGAAGCUGGAGACUGCUAUAAGCUUGAUAGAUUUCGAUGCUGAUCCCGAACCUCCAGCCCCAUCUGUUGCAAUACAAGCCACACCACAGCCUGAUAGUGCAAGUAAUGAUAACUGGGCAUCUUUCGGUGCUGCGCCCAGUGCACUGAGUUCAAAUGCAUCUCAGUCACCAGUACCACCCAGUGGAAACACAGUGGAUUCACUUCUCUCUCAGUUGGCAGCGCCUUCGUCCGUGCCAGUUCAGAUGUCUAGUGGACACGUGCAUCUUGGUCAUUCCUCAUCACAAAUCUUUGCACAACCUCCAAAUGGGCAUUCAAGGGAACAGCCAUGGAACACGGGACUUCCAUCUAAUGUACAAAGGUCAAUGAGUGCACCGUCGUUUCAACCUCUUCAAGGAGUUCCUCCUGGUGGCCUGCAGUCUUCUGAAAUCAAACCUCCCGGAAGAACAGAAUUACCUGCGGAUUUAUUCACUGUAACCUACCCAUCAUACUACGCAGCAGCGCCUGGGUGGCAUGCUGGUCCACCACAUGGUAUGCAUUAUGGUAUGCAGCAGUAUAAUAACACAGUGCAGCCUUUCCAGAAUGUUCCACAGCAAGGGAAGUCAGUGAACCCUUUUGACUUCACCUCUGAGCCACCAUCACAGACACAACCAGAAACCAUGUUCCCUUCCAUGGCGUCUCUACAAAGUGCAUUACCUCCUUCAGGCAUGAUGCCUUCUCAAGGAGUACACAAUCAUUUCAGUAUACCCUCUCAAGUCUCAGGCCAUCCAUCUGCAAUGCCACCAAGGUUUAUAUCUCCUCAAACGCCAGGAAACAUGCCAUCAAGCAAUGUAAGCCCAAUUGGGAACAUGGGCGCUCCAUAUGAGACGCAACAAACAUAUCAGAAUUUCGGAAGCCCAUAUGCCUCUGCAGUUCCUUCGAACUCACCACCUUCUUUCUCUUCUGGAGGAAACCCGUUUGGGUAAGAAUAGCAAGAACAUUAGCUCGAAAUCUGUAAUGCUUUUGAGGGAUGAUUGAUUGGGCUCUUGGAAGUUUGAGUUCUAAAAUGUGUGCAACCAUUUGUUAAAAAGAGUGGACGAAAAGUGUGAGGCAUGAAAGUGGAGAAGAAUUUGGGGUUUGUGUGGCUGUUAAAUCAUUUAUUAUAAGCAUCAUUUUGAAAUGGCUCUACUAUUAUUAUUAUUAUCAUUGUUAUCAUCAUUAUCAUUACAUUAUUUGGUUUUCUAUAUUAUUUCAUUUCCCU